AUGGAAGACAAUGGAGGUGCCGGGAAGCGGAAGGAGAAGCUGACCGACGCUCAGAAGAAAGAAAAGAAGGAACAGGAUCUCCAGAAUAACAUCACAUUUUCAGUUGAGGCGCACCUGGAGUUUUAUAGGGACAAGCACAAAGAAAUGGACGAAGAAACCUCAACAAAGAACAUGAGAGAGCUACUAGCGGCAAGCCUAAAACCAAGGAAAGAGAAGUAA